UAUUGCAAGAACACGAUAUUUCACGACAUUGACAAGCGUAGUGAAAUCCGGGUGUAGCAAUACUCCGUGCUCGCACUUCCGGUGACGGCCAUUUUAUAUGACGCUCGGUGUACACUUGGAUUGGAUAUAUCCAAUAUAUCAUUUAACGGUUUGUUCGUAAGAUUGCGUGUCCGAAAUUGAGCGAGAACCGGCUUCUUAUGAUGAUAAAGACAGAAGAUAAUCAGGCACAGAACAAUGACGACAGAGAUAGAAGCAGAGAGCGCGACCGUAAUCGAAGGUCGGACAGACCAAAUCGCAUAAACUCGGCCAGUCGCGAUCGCAGCAGGGACAGAAAUGAUCGUAGCAGGAAGGCUUCUGAACGGCGAAUUUAUGUUUCUAACAUUCCUUAUGAUUUUCGUUGGCAAGAUCUUAAAGAUUUGUUCAGAACCGAGGUUGGUAAGGUAGCGCAUGUGGAGCUUUUUACGGAUGAGAAUGAUAAGCCUAGAGGAUGCGGGAUAGUGGAGUUUGAAGAUUCAGACUCGGUGAAGAUAGCAGUGGAAAAGAUGCAUCGAUACGACAUUAAAGGGAGGAAGCUUGUUGUUAAAGAAGAUUUUGAUGUAGAACGUGACAAAUAUGGCCGUUUAGCGACAGGUCGUAACAAUGAUAGAAAUCGUGACGACAGAUUCAGAGAUCCUCCAAGACCGCAAGGUGGUGGGAGACAAAAUAUGUCUGCACCUAGCGGUGGCGGAGGUGGUGGUGGCGGAGGUGGCGGCGGCGGCGGUGGUGGCGGUGGUGGCGGUGGCGGAGGUGGAGACAAUAAAUUUGGAAACACUUACGGUCUUAGUACGCAAUUUUUAGAAUCUUUAGGCAUCAAUGGUCCUUUGGUCACAAGAGUCUUCGUCGCUAACUUGGACUAUAAAGUUGACGAAAAGAAGCUACUUGAAGUUUUUAAAUUAGCUGGAAAAGUAUUGCAUGUUGAAUUAGGGAAAGACAAGGAUGGUAAAUCAAGGGGUUUUGGAGUCGUUGAAUAUGAUCAUCCGGUAGAAUCGGUACAAGCCAUUUCAAUGCUUCAUAAUCAACAGUUGUAUGACAGGCGUAUGACCGUUCGACUCGACAGAGCUAAUGAACCUGACAUGCCACCUAAAUUACCUGAAGGAUUGAAAGGCAUCGGCAUGGGACUUGGAGCUGGUGGUAACAGACUGUUAGACGUUGCUAGAAAUAUUCCUAAUGUGCAGGCAAACAAUCCCCCAGUGGUAAAUCCCAUUUCAGCGCCUGUCUUAGCUGCGGGCGCUUUUGGCGCCGGUUUAAACAACGUUGUUCCUGCGCAAUUAGCAUCGGCAUUGUCAAAUACAAAUGCAGCAGCCCUUCAAGCUAGCCUUGCCGGUGCCGGUUUAGGUGCUAAUCUCACCACUAGUUCAUUGCUGAAUUCUUCAUUGACAAAUGAAUUAGCAUCGAACUUGAAUAACUUUGGCGGUGGAGUCGGUAGCUUAAGUGGUCUUCAGGCUUCUUUAGCUGGUGGGCAAGGAAACAAUACGUUCACACCACGUGGACUAUCUAAAUUAGAUAACGAUAUUGGAUUUGGUGGUAACAAUGCCUUUGGUGGUUCAAAUUUCGGUGGAGGCGGUAGAGAUUUUGAUGGAGGGUUUAACAGAGGGGACAGUGACCGUGUCUCUGGUGGUGGCGGUGGGUUUUCUGGGAACCAAGGCCAAAGUGGUGGCGGUAACCGACAGAAUUCCAACGGUUCAAGACAGAUGUCAGAUACUAUAGUUAUAACCAACCUACCUCCAAACACUACGUGGCAGAUACUGCGUGAUAAAUGUCAGGACGCUGGAGAGGUAAAAUUCGCGGAAAUGAGAGGUGCCGAUGUGGGCAUGGUACGAUUCGCAUCUGAAUGGGAUGCCGAGCGUGCUGUGACUAUGAUGAAUCGAUCGCGUUUUGAAGGCAGGACAAUUGAAGUGCGCCUCUACUAAGAACAAAAGGAUAGCCUCGAGGGAUUCAAGCGUGAGGAAGCUGGGUGUUUAUGUGUCGUCUGCAGGAUUCCACUUCUAAUGACAAUACUUGAUUCAUCCUAGUUAUCUGCCAGAACUUAGGACAAUGAGUAAGAAGUGUCUGUCUUUGGAAGAUCAGCAAGUCGUGUUUGUAUGAUGGCUACUCAACGUUGAAACAGUUAUAACCACUGAUUGACGUACACUCUCCACACCCUCUCUCUUUCUCUUAUCCCCUUUCAACUUUUCAAUUCUGUAUUGUUUAUCACUAGACUAUCGUUCCUUUUUAUAAUGGAAGUCUACUAAUUGUUCACUUCUUAUAUCAGUUUUUUUUUUUUUUCUAGCGAUCGUGACUAUAGUUUAGUUGUUUUUAGGCUUAGGUUUCAUGAUGAUCUAUUGUAAGUCAGUAGGAUUCUUUUCAGUGUGUGUAGGUUAUUCACUAUUUACAGGUUAAUUACAGUAAUUAGCGAUUCUGUAGUUUGUAAGUCUGUACUUCUUAAUUAUCGAAUUAAUGACGAGAGAUCGAUGGAUUCUCCAUCAUUCCGAUCUAACGUGAUGCUCUGCUCAUUCGCAGCUGAAUCCAUUAAGGGAUAGAGAUUAAUCUUUCGUUCAUGAAAAUACAUUUUUUAACGUUGUAAAAUUAUUCGAGGAAAUUAGAUUUCCGGCUUGCGAAUUAUCGAGGGAUACACUCGUUUAAAAUCUUACUUUAUGCAGAUCGUGGAUAUUAUCGUGCUGGAUAUUCUUGUCACAUGUUCGCACUUAUGCGUAAGAAAAACACGUGUGAUGUUUUGACAGGGGACAGCGCUUUAUCGCCACAAUUUUUACGCGAUCACAUCAUUUAUUAUUAUUAAUUUUCUUUUAAUUUACCGUACUAUAUAUACACUAUUUUGCAUCUUUGUAAGAAUGAUUUACGAUGAUGAAACGUACGAGAAAAAUUUGUGUAGUCUUUUUUGGAAAAUCCCCUCUCAGUUUACUCAAACUUGCUUCAAUAUUUCGGCGAACGUACAUCGGACGAUCUAGAUUCGGCAUAAAUUCUGCGUUUUAUGCACCGUAGUAUGUUUACCAAAAAGUAAAUCGAGCCUCACGUGACAUUGAAUAGCGUCUUAAUCUUUUCUGUUUCUCCCAUGGAAAUGUACGCAGACAUUGAAUCCGGUACGAUGGAUGAAUUGCAUUUGAUAUCACCGAAAUAUUUUUUGGUAAACAUAACUCUCCUCUCGCCAUGUAGAUCUCGAGGAACAUUCUAUUGUAUAACACUCUUGUAUAACCACCAAUCUCAUAACAGUGAUUGAAUAAAAUCCAAAUUCAUUUUGGCUAUAAAAAA